GCAACUUGUUUCUGAUGAACUUGCUUACAGCAAUAAUAUACAAUCAGUUUCGAGGAUACCUUCUGAAAUCGGUUCAGUCCUCCCUCUUCAGGAGGCGAUUGGGAAUCCGGGCUGCGUUUGAAGUGCUUUCUUCCCUGAAAGAAGCUCCUACUAAUGCACAACAGUCGUACGUCAGCGUUGGUGCCUUACAACAAGUGCUACAGAAAGUUGAGAUGGAUUCUCGCUGCAAGCAAGCCAUCAUGACAUCACUCAAAACGUGCUCCUUUGACCAGCUGUCAGCUCCCCAGUUUCAGAAGCUCUUUGAAGAACUAGACAAAGAUGCCAUUAAGCAACAUCCUCCCAGUCCAGAGUACCAAUCCCAUUUUAUGCAGAAAAUGCAGUUUGCCUUUGGCCAUCCCUACUUUGGCUACUUGGGGAAUGUUGUAGCCCUUGCAAACAUUGUUUCUAUCUGUGUGGUUUUGGUGUUGGAUGCAGAUAAGCAGCCUUCUGAAAGAGAUGACUUCUUCCUGGGGGCUAUCAACUGCUUCUUCAUCCUGUACUACCUGCUGGAAAUGUUGCUGAAAAUCUUAGCAAUGGGCUUGAAAAGAUACUUGUCAUACCCAAGCAAUAGAUUUGAUGGACUUCUGACUGUAAUUUUACUGGUUUUGGAGAUUGCAACUUUUGCUGAGUACGGAUUUCCUCAUCCUGGUUGGAGACCCGAGUUCAUGGGCUUGUUAUCCCUGUGGGAUAUGGUGCGGUUGGUGAACAUGUUAAUUGUGUUCAGGUUCCUGCGGAUUAUCCCUAAUAUGAAGUUCAUGGCUUUGGUUGUUACUACACUGCUGGAUCUGGUGAAGAACUUGAGGGCCUUUGCAGGGAUCCUUGUGGUGGUUUUCUAUGCAUUUGCUAUAACUGGCAUAAUGCUAUUUGAAGGUGCUGUUGUUCCCAUGGGAAAUAUCAGUACCAUCAAUACAACAUACGAUAACAGCACUCUGCAGUGUGGGACCUAUGAACAGCUGGAAUAUUGGCCAAACAACUUUGAUGACUUUGCUGCAGCAGUGGUGACCCUCUGGGACGUGAUGGUGGUAAACAACUGGCAAGUCUUCUUGGAAGCGUUUUCAAGAUAUUCAACUCCGUGGGCAAAAAUCUAUUUUGUAGCCUGGUGGUUGAUCUCCUCUGUCAUCUGGGUUAAUCUCUUUGUAGCUUUACUUCUAGAGAACUUUAUUCACAAGUGGGACCGUCGCUGCCAUCGAGAGCCUCUGUCAGAUAUUGAAUACCAGAGGACAGUCGAACUCAUGUUCAGAGAUGUUUUGGAAGAACCUACAGAGGAAGAGUUGAUGGAAAAACUGCACCAGCAUCCACACCUGCAGUUAUGUAGGUGACUGGUGGGAAGGACUGAUUUAUUUAGACCUCUGUUUUCUUGAGGUUGUCAGCUGGAAGAAACUGGAUGGAUUUUCUGUGAGGUGCUGUUAGGAGAGGGGCUUGUAGGACAGCAUGUGAGGUUUUGCUUGGCAAUUCUCUGCAGAAAGAGGGUUUUUUAUUUUUGGUUCAUAUCUUUUUUUUGAAAAAGAUUUGAAUCCUGUUAAUUUGACUUGAUUUUUAAGUUGCAAUUUUAGAGGAAUAUUGCAGCUGUUAUUUUUAUAAACUGUUGGUAUCGGAAUGUUUUAUUUUCUUUUUUUAAGAAGGGAAAGUGUGUUAAAAAUGACAGUGCACUUUAAACCUUGAACUUUGUAACCACUAAGCCACUAAUUUUUUCAGCACAAGAAAAUGGAACUGCCUUUUCUGGUAGGCGAGUGUGGCAAGGGCUGUGCCCUGCAAUUCAUGAAUGGAUUAGGCAGGACCAGAACAAAAUCCUUAAUCUUUUUGUAGUGAGAGUUGAAACACUAUUUUUAUUGAAAUACAACACCAGCAUAUCUUACCAAAUUUUUAGGCAUUAAUCAUGUCAGAACACAAUCAAUUUCAACUUAAUAACAGGGAGUGCCUGCUUCACACAUCACACCUCCUCUCUUUCAUUGUUUUUGAUCUAGAGUUCGUGCUUGUUGCAUCAUGCUGGUAACUUUGAGAGCAGUUACAACUUUGAAAGGAGCAAUUGCACUCGUGGUUUUCCAUGUGGUAAAAUUGAGCUCUCCUUUAGAGCAAGUAUUCUCAUGUUGCUUUUUAGUGAACCCCUUCCUUUUACUUUCUCCCAAGUCCUGUUCUUCACCGUAUCAUAUUCCAUGGAAAAGCUGAGGGGAAUGAACUUUGGCCAGAAUGUAGCACCAUGAUCACUGUGAGGCUCUCACUUAAAAGGAAGGGAGAAAAAAAUAGUUGAAUGGGAUAAUCAAAGUGCUUAGCAGUUCAAAUUUUUGUUUGAGUCUGUGGGAACUGAAGGUGCUUGACCAGUAUUGCAAGAUCACAUUCUUUUAUGGCUUAAUAUCCACAUGCUGUAUACCACUAACUUUCACCUGGGUAAUACUUUUUGCGUAAAUAAUUUUGUCAACAAAUCUAAAGUGAAGAAUUAGCAGUAAGCCAUGUCCAUGUGCUUUUCAUUAUUCCUUAGUGUUCCUCUAAAAAAGGUGGUUUUGUUUGAAUCUUUGUCACAUAACUAGCAAAUCACUAUGAAGAAUAGAAUCAAUUCCCAAAUCAGUUUUUCUGUGUAAAAAUGAAACUACCCUUUGGGGUGCUGCCUUGUCAUUGAGACACCAAAAUGGACAUUAUUGUCAUCAUCUCUGUAUUGAUAAAGGCUUGGAGAAGGUAAUUGACUAUAAAAUGCUGCUACUAUUUAAGUUAUUUGAUCCUUUUUAGAGAACAAAACGUUUUUGAAAAGUGCCAAGUAGUCAUCCUGUGUACUUUUCUUCCUCUUUUUUUUUUUUUUUGUCAUUCAUCUUUUCUUUCCUGCAUAAGGGAAAGGCAGUAUCUGGGAUGAUGAUGCAUUUCAGCUCAAAAGCGUAUUUCUUCAUUCUUGUCUUACUAUUAAGAAGUUGUGUAGUGAUUCUUGUCUAUUUCUUUGUCUUCUGCUUAUAUUUUCCUUGUGCUCUGGAACAAAAUAUAUGUUGUAACUUGUGUAUGUGUAUAACAAAUCUGAGCUGAGCUCUGAGCCACUCCAGCAAACUUUCCUUACUUUUGUACUCUUGCCUCUUAAGCCAUGAUCCUGUCACUGUUUUGGCACUUCUCUACAUUUCAGAAAAAUCCACUCAGUAACUCACUUCCACUGGUUUCAGUGGCGUUACCGUGCUUGUUUUCAGUCAUGCACUUAGAACACAUAUCAGGACAAGUAGAUAAAGGCAUCAGCCCACAGUUUUUUCUAAAUUUGGGUUUGUUUUGUUCAGUAUGGUUUUAUGUCAGGAUGGCUUCUGCUUCUUCAAGCAUGAUGUAAUGACUGCUAUGCAUUUAUUGGCACUUAUUAACAGAGGUUCAAUACUCUAUUUUACCUUUUUACUUGAAUAUUUUUUCCACUUUUCUGAAAACUUGGAGAAGUAGCUUUGCCUUGCCAAGAAGGAAGUGACUUGUUCUUAUCUGUCUAUGAGUGUCAUUUUAUUUUUUUUGUCUCUGAAAGUUGUUUGGGGUCGUGUGUCUUUUUUAAUUUUUUUUUUUUUGCCAUUACAUUCCACUACAAUCUACCAAAGCAACACAAAUUGGUGUGGGAUUAUCAUAAACAUCACAAAUGUCGCCAUUAUGCAGUUUUUGCAUCUGGAAAAAUGUGGAGAAGGCUUUUGGAAGGGAAUAGUCUUAGUCUUAUUCUUGUUUCACAUUUGUGUAAUUGUCUAAAAAUGUAACUAGGAUUUAAUGCAAAAUUGUGGUACCUGAUGUCACUUGUACUGGAAGAUGUAAAUGACCAGAACUCUUAUGCAAUAACUGUAUAAAUCAGGAACAUGAAUGUAUGUAAUUGGGUAAAAUUUGAGGUUUGCAUUAUUAAAAAAAAAAACCCCGUCUCCUUCUUAAAAUAUGAAAAUAAUUGGGGUGUUGAAA